ACUUUUUUCCCGGCCGGCAAAGUACAACUACCAGAGGAGACGAAGUUGGGAAUUUGUUCUGCGUUGUACGCCGUCCGUUCUUCCGCCAACACUUGUUGCAUCCUGAGGACAUGCCCUGGUGAAAGGAGGCAAUACAAAGGGGAAAUCCAUUGAUUUUCAUACACACCGCACCCGGCGAAUAAGCCACCUGCGCAUACUUAUAUCACUGGCACAGGGUAUACUUGUUGUACCUACGCAGCCAUGCCGUCCCGAACCAAACUCUCCGAUAAAGCCGCCCUCCCAUUCCGGACAGCCAACAAGCAAAAGCGACAAGAACUUCACUUGAAGCAGAAGCGGGCGCGGGAUGCAUUAAAGCGAGCCGAGCGGUUUGGGCGGAAAAAGGAAGAAGCCAAGAACCCUCAACUGCGCGAAGAGCGGCUGCGGCGCAACAUCCCCAUCACGAUCGACAAGAAACGUGUCUACGACGAGGUUGAAGAUGAGCCCGAAGAUGGCGGUUUGGGCAUGGUCUACGACGUGGAGAGGAUGAAGAGAAGAAAACUGGCUGAAGAACAACGACUCGAGCUUGCGGGAGAAGAAGAGGACGAAACUCCAAGCGAUGAUGACGACGAAGAUCACGAUUCCAUGCUGGACGAAAGCGAGAGUGACCGCGAGGGGGGCUCUCACUCUGAAGAAGAAGAAGAAGAAGACCUAGAACCGCACGAGGCGGCGCAUGAUCCGCUCCCGUCAAAAUCCCAGAUAUUGCGCAAAAGCAAACAACAACGGCAGCCCGAACAAGACCGUGCAGCCUCGCCCACCCGGUCGACAACUUCGACCAAUCUGUCCCUUGCACCCGCGGCGUUGGCGGCGAAAUUCCCAACUCUGUUUCUAUCGCCAGACGCGCCUCCGCCGCCAGACCCCAAAAUCCUUAUUACCACGUCCAUCAACUCGACGCUACACGACGAAGCGGCGAUUCUGACCUCUCUGUUCCCCAACAGCAAAUACAUCCGACGGUCGUCGCACCGGUACGGCUACAAGUUUUCCGUGAGGGAGAUUUCUUCGUUCGCCCAUAACCAAGGGUACACGGCGGUGAUUGUGCUGGAGGAGGACCAGAAACGGCCCUCCGGGAUGACGGUCGUCCAUCUACCUCAGGGACCGACGUUUCACUUCUCCAUUUCCAACUGGUACACGGGCAAGGCGAUCCCGGGCCACGGCCGCGCCACCGACCACAAGCCCGAACUGAUCCUGAACAAUUUCACCACUCCGCUGGGCCUGGUGACCGCCCAUCUGUUCCGCUCGCUGUUCCCAGCGACACCCCAAUUGCAGGGCCGCCAGGUCCUGACCCUGCACAACCAGCGUGAUUACAUCUUUGUGCGCCGCCAUCGCUACAUUUUCCGCGAGAAGCGCGAGACAGAAAAGUCCGUCGUCGGCCCCGAUGGGAAAGAAGUCAAGGGCGUCGAGGGCAUCAGAGCCGGCCUGCAGGAGUUAGGCCCCCGUUUCACUUUGAAAUUGAGACGUGUUGAUAAGGGCAUUCAGAGACGUAGCGGCCAGGAUUGGGAGUGGAAGGCCAAGAUGGAGAAGACCAGGACAAAGUUCCAGCUUUGAUACUACCUAACGAUAAUAAUAUCAAAACUAACCUGCUAUCCAAUUCACCCAAUAUGAGAUCCAGCGGUUACUACGCGAGUUCACACUUUGAUAUCCCCUGAAUGGGGUACUAGUAAUCAAGGAAAGCAUAUGGCUUCCAUAAUGACCAACAGCGCUUGCUUAG